CAUCGUGGGACGGCGGCUCCAAAAUGGACAACCACAGGGAUGCGCCAGGGAAGGCGAGCCGCUGGUUUGGGGUCGCGCAGUCGAAGUCGGCCAAGACGAACGUGAAUAUCCUUCACCAAGAGGAGCUGAUAGCGCAGAAGAAGAGGGAAAUCGAGGCCCGGCUAGAGCAGCAAGCGAGACAGAAUUCCUUGAGCAUACAGCAGCUCCCCCUGCUUGGAGAAGAUGAAGGUACUGACAAUGAAGCCUGUGUUUCCAACAAGUUUGUUAAUGAUGGCAGUUUCCUCCAGCAGUUUCUCAAGCUGCAGAAGGAAAAGUCAAGUGCUGAACCUCCCCCAAGUUCUACCAACAACUCAGCAAACAGUGCUGCAGCCCACGUUGGGAAGAAGCCUCUGGUGUUUGGGAAGCGGCCUGGGCAGGUGCUGAGCAGCAUGCUGCACCAAGCCAAGCACUACGGCCACGCCAAGCAGAGCCCCCUGCUCAACCGCCUCAGUGUCUUUCAGUCACCAGAUGAAGAUGAGGAGGAAGAUUAUGAGCAGUGGUUGGAGAUUAAAGUUUUACCCCCAGAGGAUGCAGAGACCAGACAAGUGGUGGAAAAGCUGGCUAGGUUCGUGGCUGAAGGGGGACCAGAGUUAGAGAAGGUCGCUAUGGAAGACUACAAGGAUAACCCAGCUUUUUCGUUUUUGCAUGAUAAGAACAGCAGAGAAUUCCUUUACUACAGAAAGAAAGUGGCAGAGAUAAGAAAAGAGAAUCAAAGUCCUCAGGCAUCCUCUUCUCAGAAAGUUUCACCCCCAGACGACGAAGAGACAAAGAACUCAGCUGAGAAACUGGCCAGGUUCAUAGCAGACGGGGGUCCUGAGGUGGAAGCUAUUGCCAUGCAGAACAACAGAGAGAACCAGGCUUUCAGGUUUUUGUAUGAGCCAAACAGCAAAGGCUACAAGUAUUACAGGCAGAAGCUGGAGGAGUUCCGUAAGGCCAAAGCCAGUGCUGGCUCAGCCCCCUCACCUGCAGAGCCCAGUCUGAAAAGGAAGAGCAGCCUGGAGGCAUCACCAUCACCUCUGUGCUUACCAUCUUUGCCUUUGCCCUUGCCCUCACCUUUGCCCUUGCCUUUGCCUGUUCCUUCACCCUUGCCCUUGCCCAUUCCCUCGCCUUUGCCCUUGCCGGUUCCCUCACCUCUACCCUUGCCCUUGCCCCUGCCCUCCCCCUUGACCUCCCCUUCACCAUCAUCCUCUACAACUCCACCUGAGCAGACAGCUGCAAGCACUGCUGCAACACCUCCAGCUCCUGCCCCAGGCACUACUAAAAAGAAGCGGAAGAGCAGGUGGGGGCCAGAGGAGGACAAGGUGGAAUUGCCUCUCCCACAGCUCAUCCAACAGCUGGAUUCUCCCUCUCCUCUCUCAGUUCAGGACCUGAAGGGUCUUGGUUAUGAAAAAGGGAAACCUGUUGGUUUGGUUGGUGUGACAGAGCUCUCUGAAGCCCAGAAGAAACAGCUGAAGGAGCAGCAGGAGAUGCAGCAGAUGUAUGAUAUGAUCAUGAAGCACAAGAGAGCCAUGCAGGAGAUGCAGAUGAUGUGGGACAAGGCGAUUCAGCAGCACCAGCACGGCUACGACAGUGAUGAAGAGGUGGACAGCGAGCUGGGGACCUGGGAGCACCAGCUGCGACGCAUGGAGAUGGACAAGACACGAGAGUGGGCUGAGCAGCUGACCCAGAUGGGCAGAGGAAAACAUUUCAUUGGAGACUUUCUUCCACCUGAUGAGCUGGAGAAAUUCAUGGAGACAUUCAAGGCUUUGAAGGAAGGACGUGAGCCAGAUUAUUCUGAAUACAAAGAGUUCAAACUGACAGUGGAGAACAUAGGUUAUCAAAUGCUAAUGAAGAUGGGCUGGAAGGAGGGCGAGGGACUUGGCUCAGAUGGACAGGGGAUUAAAAACCCAGUCAGCAAGGGAACUACUGCUGUGGAUGGAGCUGGUUUUGGAAUUGACAGACCAGCUGAGUUAACCAAGGAGGAUGAUGAGUACGAGGCGUUCCGCAAGCGGAUGAUGCUCGCGUACCGCUUCCGACCCAACCCGCUGAACAACCCACGGCGACCUUACUACUGAGAGUGGCUUUUUUUGGGACAGUGUCUUUUGUUCAAAACAAUUACCAUUUUUUUUCCUCCCUGUGAAAUGUUCUGAAACUGCAUUACCAUUCUCUUCUUUGCUGACCUUGUAAAACUUCACCUGAAGUCACAAAACACCCAUCUUCCAUCCAGAAGGAAGGCGACCUGCAAGCCCACUCGAGUGUCGUGACAACCGUGUCGUAACAGGGCCUGGCUGGUGUUGGGAGAGGGGAGAUCAGGGGAGAGGGGAGAUGUUCAACCUGUGCCCUUCACACAGUGCCAGGGCAGCACCAAAGAUACCAAUAGGAACAGUUCAGGGACUCUGUGUGUGUUUAGCUCAGUGCCAUCUCAACGGGGAACGUGUCUUUUGCCUAACAGCAGCUCCUCUCCUGUUCAGAUACGUGCAGCUCCUGCUGCUCUGGGGGGUUGGUUUGGAUGGCUUGAUUGCAAAUACAAGGGACAGCCCCAGCUCCUGGGGGUUUUGCUCAGUCAGGUGCUUGUUCCCUGAAGAAUUGGCUUCAAGAGUAUAGUCUGACCUUGCAAACCCAGUGCCUCAUUGUUUGCCCUCUUGAGUGUGGCUUCGAGGGAUGAGGAGGCACAGGGCAAGUUCAGUGAGCUCUGGAGGCAACAGCCUCUUGGUUUCUUGAACACUAAACCCCCCCCUCAACUUCCCAGCACAAAGAGAGACUUGCUAACACCUCCUGAGGAUGGGAGAGCCAAAGAGCCAAGCCUUGGAGCACAGUUUGGCAAAGGCCACAUGGAUUUUGUUGUCAGAAGAAACCCCUCUACAAACACAAACCCUCUUCAUUCACUGUAAAUAAAGUAAAACUCAUUUGUUCCUUAGUCCUAACCACUGAGGUUUUUGGAAAGGAGGAUCUUGCUGUGGCUUUGCAGCACUGCUCUCCAUCUCUUUCCUUCCUUCCUGGCAUCUUAAAUCCAAGUGAGGUUGGUUGGUAUUGGUUUCCUUUUGCCUUUCUUUUCCCUCCAUACCGAUACUUGGCGUGUGAUUCCCUUUUGGUAACUUUUCUUAACAAGGUAGAGUCGAGGAUUUGCCUUU